AUGGCCAGGCUUCGCGAGAAGAGAUCCUUCCUCCUCCAAGCGAUGCCCUUCAUGUUCCUCAUGGCCGCCGGCUCGUGGGGCCUCAGCCGCUUCCUCCGACUGCCGACGCAAGUCAAAGACGACCGUGCGCGGCGCCGCAAGCAGGGGCGCGCCAAGUUUGACCUGCAGCAGGAGCACGAGGCGCGCCAGCAUGCGCUCCUCGCACAAGUCCAGGACGACUACGAGAAUGUACGCGUGCCUGGUCCCCGCAACCCGAACCGCAAGCCCGCGGAUUGA